AUGGAAACGUGCUUCCAUAUGGAGUUCGGACAACCCCUGACCGGGCUAGAAAAGUUGGAGGAAACGAUUGGUCUCCCUGACUUUAGUGGACCGAUGACUGACGAGGACUAUAUCGUCAAUCAGCAAACACACUUUCAUGAGCAUUUUGCUUCUCAAAUCGUUCUCCGAAGACUCUCGGCUAAUUUCCAUUCUGUUCUCAACAAGACCUUUGGUACAGAUGCCUCUCUGCCCCUUGCGGGAUUCGCCCCCUUCAACAUCUCUUCGAGUCCCGGAACCGCCGCUGUUAUGAAACAGCUCGACGCACAGCUAGACCAGUGGAGGGGCAUGCUACCCAGCCAUCUAAGGUGGCAGGAUAACCAGGAUGUGGCCUUCGCGGAGUCUUCACAUAAUGCCUUUGGUGACGUAUAUACGGAAGAAACUCUCCAGAGUAAUUACAUGUUUACACCGGAUCUUGACACUCCACCAGCCACGUAUCCGUUCGCAGCUGACAUACAAACCGCACUUCUUCGGACACGAUACAGCUACAACAAACACAUCAUACACAGACCUUGCGUUUUCAAGGCUCUUCAUCACCCUGAGAGCAUGACUCGAGAAGAUGCUGAAGGUGCGGCCGAAUGUCUCAAAGCCUCGAUUAAGUGGCCCAUUGCCUUAUCACCCCCAUGUACCAACAAACGACUUGUGCCGGUUACUUUCUUCUGGUCACAGAAUCUACUGGGUGUUCUAAUUCUGUUACAUUUAUCGCAGCAGCAUCCCAUGUUGAGUCGAAUCCGGUCGUCGCUUUGCGGGCAACGCUUCGAUGUGGAAGCCUCCCAAACUGUUACAGUAUAUUUAGACUGGCUACGCGACAUGAAAAAGAUAGAAUCAACGGCGAACUGGUGCUGGAAUAUCGCUCGCUUGGUCUAUCAAUUGGAAGAUUAG